CUUGGAUUCCGUUCCAAACAAUAUGGCCGCCAAGUGAAAAAUGAGUUUGAAUUGAUAUAGAAAAUUGUUGAUCCAGAUGAACAAAAAUCCAGCAAAAUGGCUGGUGAAAUGUGGGAGUUGGCUGCAACAGCCAUGGGAAAGGCCAUUGCUGCAGGUAAUUUAGCUGAAUUAAAGAAAUUACUGGAAGAAAAAGAUGCAUUAUUAUUUAAAGAUAGGAAAGGAAACACCUAUCUGCACUAUGCCUGUACUAUUUAUAAACCUCAUACAGUUAACCAAUUACUAGCUUCUAAUAUAGAUAUAAAUCAUCAAAAUAGACAUGGUAAUUCAGCACUACAUGUAUCAGCUAUGCAGAGUGAAUGCUGUCAUGUUGCUGAUCUUUUGAUGUCUGGUAUUAAUCCUCAUCUCAAAAACUGGGAAGGCAAAACAGCAGCUGAGUUACAUCAUAAAAAUAAAUAUUGGUUGACAAUCUAUAAUAAAUAUAUGCCUGGUAUAUUUGAAGCUGUAGAAAAUCGGGAUACAGAAAAUAUACAGAAAUUAUUGCAGUGUUGGACAAAACCAGACUGUGUCAGAAAUGGUCAGACUGUACGACAAUAUGCAGCAGUAUUAAAAUAUCAUGAUAUUGUUUGGAUGUUAGAUGAACAGAAAGCUACAUCAGAUUUAUUACAUGGUGUUUUAGAAGUUAAUUAUACAAAAGUCUGUGAGGCUCUCACUAAAUCUAAAUGUAAUGUCAAUUAUAUCAAUAAGGCUAGUAAGAAGAGUCAUAUAUUACAGUAUGCUAUGUCAUUACAAGACAAAGUACUAGUACGAUUACUGUGUGAUGCUGGAGCAGAUGUUAAUACGUUGGUUACUGUACAUCAUUAUUAUAAGGGGCCUUUGUACUUUGAAGCAUUAAAUACCAAACUACCAGAGGAAAUCUUGUGGAAAAUUCUUAAGAGUGGCGCAGACAUUAAAUUAAAAGAUGAAAGAGGACGAAAUGCUUUGAUAUUUGCUUUAGAUAAAAGUAAUGGCCGUAUACCACUAUCAGUAAUAGAAUAUUUGAUAAAGAAUGGAGCUUAUAUAGCAGAUAGAGAUGAGACAGGAGUGAAUAUAAGAGAUGUAGCUAGAUUAGCUCGUAGAAAGGAUAUUGUAGACUACAUUGACAAGUAUUAUGUGAAGAUAUUAAGAAAAUCUGAUAUUAAAAUGUUAGAGAAACUAACUGUAGAUGGCUAUGACAGUAUAAUGAUACAACACAAUAGUCGUGAUACGUUUGUAUUUGCCAGUGGUAAUGAAACAGAUGAUGUACUCCAAUUUAUUGAUUGGUUACCUGAAUUUGAAAAACUUGUAUUACGUCUUCAUAAAGGGUUGAAGACUGGUAGUGAAUUACAUGAAAUAAAAGAAAUAUUUAGCAUUUGUGAUUCUCCACAUUUACUGGUUAAUACCAAAGACAAGGGAGGCAGGUCAUCGGUAAUAUUGGCAGUUCUUUAUGAUAGACUUGAUGUUCUGGAGUUUUUAUUAGAACAGCCAGGUGUAGAAAUUAAUAGUCAAGACAAUUGUUACAGAACAGCAUAUCAUUAUGCAUGUCACCUUGGAAAAAAUGGAGAAGAAAUAAGGGAAUUGCUGAAAAACAACCAGAUCGACACAGAUAUAGUUGACAAUGUACAAAAGAAAGCUGAAGUCUACUUAAACAUGGAGUUGAAUGAGUGGAUACUUUAUAAAAGAAAAACUUUAUAUGGUAUGGAAUUAGAACUUAUGUGUAUUGAUGCAUAUGAAGAAUUACGUCAGAUUAUCAGAAGUAAAAAUUCAGGAUUACACGAGUUUAGUGAAAAACUCAAAUAUUUACAUUUACCUGUCAGCUCUUUUGCUCAGCUCUUAUCCCCUGUGGUUCCAGAUUAUCAUGAUUUACUAUUUAUAGCUGUAGACUACAAUCAGCCAGACAUAGCUAAGAGACUGGCGGAUCAAGGCUCGGAUCUCUCCCGCAGAGAAUUGUACAAGAUACGCAAUGAGGAUGGCGAACGGUGUGAGAAAUGGCUGACUGUUGAUGAAAGGGCCCGUUACUUAAAGCUUCUAGAUUUAGCUGAUGAUCUUUUAACUAAGAAAAGUAAACAGUUUGAAGGGAGGGCAACAUUACACUGUGACGAUUAUAAUAAGCUUAUAAGGACAUUGACAAAGAGAAAGGAAACUUUGGAUUUAAAACCAUUACAUAUCUGUUAAAAUAUUAGUUUGACGGCUAUCAGGAACACCUUAAAAGUACAACAGUUAAAUUUGAAAUUGAACAGCAGUCUUUUAACCUACAAGGAUAGCAAUGCUAUGCUUAAUCACCAAAAACAAUCAAAUGACCCACAGUGAUAGCAAUGCGUUGUAAUCACCAACAAUCAAAUGACUCACAGUGAUAACACGGUAAUCACCAACAACAAUCAAAUGACCCACAGUGAUAGCAAUGCUGUGCCUGGUAAUUACCGACAACAAUCAAAUGACCCACAGUGAUAACAAUACUAUGCAUGUUGAUCACCAACAACCAAGUGACAGCAAUGCUAUUCUGUAUUAAUCAUCAACAGCAGUCAAAUGACCUACGGGGAUAGCAAUGCUAUGCUAAGCAAUGUUCUAUUAUGACCCAUAUGGUCUUUCAAAAUUUAACAUACCCCCCACUCGUGCCCUAAUAUAGAAUUAAUUGUAUAAUAUAGAUUAGAAGAGAUCCAAGGGAUUAUUCCACUCAGCCUUUGAAGUCAUUCAUAUUGAACUGUCCGAAACUCUUUCACAAAUAAUAAACGGUCAAAAUGGUAUUAUGUAUAUAUCGUCACACUAUGGCUAGAAAUGGUACCUUGUACCAUAGAGAUCAGUAAGUUAAUUUAUAGAGGAAUUCCAUCUGAACAAUAAUACCAAUGUAGAAACAAAUCUAAAGGAUACCUUAACUUUCCGCCAUUUUGCAAUCUACGGUAAUAGCCAGUUACAAGUCUUUUAUUGUCAGAUAACGUCAUGAUAUCCGAAGCCCAUCGCUUUCUCUAUUGAUGGUUAUGUGUUUAAUCCAGGAGAUUAUUUCAAUUUGAGUUUUCUUAUUUUUUUUUUUAAUUUGAUGUUAAAUAAUUAUUCUGCGUACAUGCGCAGGUAUUUUAAGAAUAACUAAAAUAAUGAUUUUUGUUUGUGUUUUUUUUUUUUACCAAUGCCAUUUUUGUAUGUGUUGGAAAUAGAUAUCCUGUUAUGUUUGUUUUAUAGAAUUUUGUUUUGUUAAUAGAGAUCUAUAAAAGACAUAUAUGAUAUUAAUAUUUUUGUAUAAUUGGUUGUGAUGUACAUGAAUUUAAAAAUAAGCACCACUGUGAUAUAUAAUUGUGUCAAUCUUGGUAUUUAAUUGCUUUUAUAAUCACGGGACUAAAAUGUUUUAAAUUAUCGCCUCACUAAAUAAAUAGUUUCGAGUUUCUAUCAAUAGAAAAUGAUUAACAGCUACUAGAACCAACAAUAAUAGGAUGUUUUCAUCAAUCUGGAAUCUUUAAUAGAUAAAUACGUAUACAUAUUUAAAGUCCCAUUAGGUAAGAUAAGAUAAAGAGUUGGCAGUUCUCGCUAUAAUAAUUAAAAAGUAGAUAAUGAAAAGAGAAUAAUGUUGAAAAUUUCAGUCAAAUUACUUCAGUCUGAGCCAAGCCAUCCGCGAUACUGUUGCAGUCUAGCCUCGAUCGUCCUUACUACCGUUGUUACGAUAAUUAAGUCUCCAUUAUCCACUUUUACGGUAACCUCGAUCAUCUGUAACGUUUCCUUGAAGGGAAAACGACGUUUGGGGUAUGGGGAGCUUGGUAUCUCUGCCACCAGUGAUCAAUUCCUGGCUGAUCACGAGCCACCGGUAAACGGAACUUCGGAAGGGUGUGUAAGGACCAGCUAAAAAGUGGUCAGUAACGGUGUUUUGCUAAAAUUAUAAUAAGCUUCACCGUAGGAAUAAAACAGACUCGUUCAGUUUUCAAACCUUUAUGUAACAAUAAAAACUUUCAAAAUAUAUUUAUAUCAGUAUUUACAGCUUAAAUACGUUUAUUUCUAUUAAUUACUGUCCUUUUUCAGGUGAACAGCGUUCACCGUACUCUGUAACUGUUUUUCCUUUUUCGGGCGAAUAGCAUUCACCGUACUUGUUCUUGAAUCUGUCAGUGUCUUUCCUUUUUCGGGCGAAUAGCAUUCGCCGUACUUUUCUUCAAUCCGCAACUUGUCUUUUUCGGGCAAUCCUAGUUUGCCGUACUCGCUGAAAGAGAAAGAAGCUUUAAAGGAGCUUCUGUGCCAUCGGAACGUAGCUUGUCAAUAUCAGCGAGUUCUUCGCUGACAUUCGACCGCAGUCCCAGAGGCUAGCCUACCGUGCAAAUUCCAGCCAUCUAGACGUAUCUAUAAGAGACAUUUAUUCCUACUGGCGAUUCACAAAUAUUGCAUGAAGAAAUUCAAAUCAUAAGAACAUAAACACGACUAAUAAACAGUAUCAUAUUGAUUAUAAAAGUACAACGUAUAUAUUGGUUACACUAUAUAUGUCACAAAACACUAAUCAUUACAUAAUAAUAAUUAUUUACUAAUUAUAUAAAUCACUUUAGGAGGUAGGAGUUAUCCGUUGUUUAAUUUAACAGUUAUAUAAUUACCCUGGUUAUAAAGGUACGAACAAUUAAGGUAUUUAAACAAAUGAUUACGAAAGAACAUAACACUAUAGAUUUCUAUGAUAAGACAUAUAAUACAUGUUUAAUAUAUAUAUAAAUGACAAUGUCCUACGCUAACAAAUAAUGAAAUAUGAUAGUAUCAGUAAAUAUAAAAAAAAACAAAGUAGUCGCGAUCAUCCUGGCUCUUGACUGCUUCACAUCUACCACAAAUCGUAUUUAAAUCUACUUAAACAUACAUUAUGCAAGAGCUAAAUCUGAUUAUUGCAAGUCUUAAUUUAGGCUUCAGAUGUUAUAGAAAUUAUAAAUUAGAUCUUUAUUUAAACAGCAAGCCCAAAAUCAACUCUGUAGACCCACGGAUGGCUCGGCUACAGCUUGGAUUUAUAUAGGAUUUCGCUGAUUGAUUAAAUCAAAAAUGGCGCCCCAUGCGGAGAUUAUUAACCGUUACGUUGACGUCAUCAGUUAAAUCGAGGCUAAAUGAUAGAGUGUACGAAGCGAGGCCGCUGUUGAGCGAUGCCGCAUGUCAGUCAAUUUAAUUGAAAGUUCGAUACGGCCUUGAUAUUAUGUUCAGUUGUGGUUAAAAUGAGAGUUUGGAUGUUGGUAUUAUACGCUCUUUUGUCACUUGCGUUUACAGAAAAAUUGAUAAACAUCGCAGCAAACAUCACCCCAGUUGAAUUGCAGCCCCAUUGGAUCACUGUAGUGUUUCCUAUUUGUCUGCUUAGGGAGUCACGUAGUUACGUUACAGUACAAGAGUACACGCAGGCUAACAAGAAGUCGGCUAUAAUUAUGCCUCAUUGAUUUGGUCCAUUCCUUUCAAACUUUCGCUUCUUAUCUAUAUAAUAAAAGUCUUAUUUUUAAUUUGUAGUAAAAAAAAAUGUGAUACGAAUUGAACUGCAACCCCGUCUCAAGCCAUUGAAAACGUUACUUGAUAAUCGAGAUUAUGUAGGUGGAGUUAACGCCUGUCAAUCAAACGAUCGGCCAAGGUGAAGAUAUAUUUGACUACCAUUUCUAGUCAAAUAUUACAACGAUGAUAACUUUGUUCAGAAUAAAGUAAUUUGACUGAAAUUUUCAAUAUAUUCUUCUUUCGUCGUCUACUUUUGAACUGUUAUAGCAAGAAUGGCCAACUCUCUAUAAAAAUCUCCCAUAAUGUAUCUUUAAUAUUGCAGCCAUCCGAUGGCAUCGACUGUUGAUUAUGACAUGGUAAGUUAAUGUCUGAUUAAUAAUUUAUAUAACAUUUAGGGCAUAAAGAAAGACCAGCAAGAGGCAGAUUUAGCUCUUGAAUAAUGUCUGUUUAAUUUAUUUAUAUACUUUUAUAUUUUGUUAUAAUUAAAUAAAAAAUGUGA